AUGUCUGCCUAUCCGGUAUAUUCUCUAGACAAUACAAUUGGCAAGUUCUUUGCACAGACAUCCGCAACACGCGAAGCAUGCGACACCAAAGCUAGGGACCUAGUCGGGGGGACCAUUGUCCCCAUAGCCGUGCAAGGCAACUGUAGCUACUCGGUCUACGCCGGUGCCAAGUCCGAAUUCGUGGUUCAGUUCCGUCUGAAAUCUUUGAUGCUCGACCUGGAGAUUGCGGCUCUGGCGCGGAAGAUAUAUGGUUCCUGGGCGCCGAGUGUUGCUUUCCAUGGAGAGAUGGGAGAGAAGGGUGAAAGAGAGCUCCUGAGCGUGUAUGUUAUGGAUCGUGUACCGGGUGUGAGCUAUCUGGAUUUUAUGCUUGUGAAUGGCUUUCCUGAGAAUUCGGAUGAGAAUUUCAUGCGGCGGAAGAUACUUAUGGUGGAUGUGGCGCGCUUUUUCGCCCUCUCCUGGAAAUCUCCCCAAGAAGUUACCUCAACCUAUCGCGAGGAUCUACGCCGAACGUACACCGAAGAUCUACAGCUAUUACUCGACAACCUCCCCCACCGCUUCCACCAGAUCAUACAUGACUGCCUCCAGUUCCUCGACUCCAUCCUCUCCCUCCCCAUGGUCCUCCACCACCACGACUUCAGCACCUGCAACAUCAUAGUCGACGCACAAACCAGCCGCCUAACCGGCGUCAUCGACUGGGCCGAAGCCGAAAUCUGCCCCUUUGGCCAGAACCUGCACUCCCUCCAAGCCAUCACAGGCACGCUGCACCUGCGCAACGGCUGGCGGCGCUACGACGGCUACGAGGCGCUGCAGCACGCCUUCUGGAGCACGUUUCGGGCGGAGGUAGGGCAUUUGUCUGGUGAAACCGUGAGGGCGAUCGAGAUGGCGCGGAUUCUGGGCUUGUUGCGCGUGAGGGGGUUCACCCUGCGGCUGGCGAAUAUGGCGCCGACUGUGCCGAUUCGGGAUGAUGAGGCGGGGAGGUAUAAUAUGCUGUCUUUGGAUGGGUUUUUAGUUGAUUCGGAGACGAGGUUUGAUGGGCUGGGGUAG